CCUGAACCUCAUAGAAGCUGGUCAGUCAUAAAUAGGCUGCUGGCAGAAUUCCCAUAGUGGUGGUGCUCAGGAGGACUCCUGCCUUGAAAGCCAUGCCACUAUGGUGGCAGCUCCUGGUGGGAUUGUCAGCAGUCAUGCCCACCAGGGCUGGAGACAAGCCACUCAAUGUCUGCAUGAGCACUAAGCACCACAAGGCAGAGCCUGGUCCAGAAGAAAAACUCUAUGUGGAGUGCUCGCCCUGGAAGGACAAUGCCUGCUGCACGGCUUCCACGAGCUGGGAAGCCCACCUCACGGUGUCCCCACUCUACAACUUCAGCCUGAUUCACUGCGGGCUGCUGACCCCAGCCUGUCACCAGCACUUCAUCCAGGCCAUCUGCUUCUAUGAGUGUUCCCCUAACCUGGGACCUUGGAUCCAGCCGGGCGUCCUAAGCGGGCAGGAGAAGAUUUCAGGCGUUCCACUGUGCCGGGAGGAUUGUGAGCAGUGGUGGGAGGACUGCCACUCGUCUUACACCUGCAAGUCCAACUGGCAGGAAGGUUGGGACUGGAGUCAGGGGAAGAACCGCUGCCCAGCUGGAGCUCUCUGCCAACCUUUCCCGCAUUACUUUCCUACCCCCACGGACCUAUGUGAGAAGAUUUGGAGUAACUCUUUCAAGGCCAGUCUUGAACGUAGGAGAAGUGGGAAGUGUCUCCAGAAAUGGUUUCCACCUCACCAGGGCAACCCUAAUGAGGCUGUGGCCCGUCUCUUCGCCAGCCCUGCCCCAGUCCACAAGCUGUCCUGUACCGUCACAGCCUUCUAUCUGUGCCUGACCUUCCUUUUCUGA